AAAUUUUUUGCCUUUGUAUGCUCUUUGCCUUUAAAUUAUUCACCUACUCUUUUCUGAAAAGACAGCAAAAUACACAGACAAUGUCCUCAUUUUCUCAAGGCGGCAGCAGAAGCAAUAACAAGCGCGCGCACAAUAGCGGCGGCAGUGCCCAUGACUCCACAUCUCUCGAACGCAGAAAACACCUACGUAAUUCAAACUCACAGCAAAUGACACUCAAUUCAUUUUUCAAAGGCAAAAAUUCCACCAGCACCAGCAAAGAGACAGAUGCAGAGGGCACUUCCAGCAGCACAGUGCAGUGGUCUGACAUUGACGGCACCUGGAUUGGAACGUUCCGCAACCCAGAAGCCUCUGACAAAUUCGCAGCUUUCGACUUGGACAAAACCCUGGUGGAUGUCCGGGGCACACACAAGUUCCCCAAGGGCGCCGACGACUGGCAGUUCUUCCACCCGGGCGUGCCCAAGUUCGUGCAGCGCGCCCAUGCGCAAGGAUAUAAGAUUGUGAUAUUGUCCAAUCAGCUUGGGCUGAAGCAAGCUAAGGGGAAAAGCGAGCUGGCUAAGGGGAAAAGCGAGCUGACAAAGGGCGCGAGGGACUAUCGGCUGAAGAUUCAGAAUAUCGCACUGCAGCUGGAUACUCCGUUUAUGCUUUUGGCGGCGACGACCAAGAGCUACAUGCGGAAGCCGAGCCCCGGAAUGUGGUUUAUGGCGGAGCACAAUAAUGACGCGGUGGAGGUCAAUCGCCGGGCAAGUUUCUUUGUCGGCGAUGCCGCUGGCCGGCCCAUGGGCAGCGGGUCCAGGGGGUUGGCGGACUUUAGUGACUCCGACCUGGUUUUUGCGCGCAACGCCGGCGUGCCGUUUUACACCCCCGAGGGCGUCUUUACUGACGAGAUCUGCGCUAUGGAACAGCCACUGCCGCUUUACCAAGCACAGUCAUGGGCGAUUCGCCGAUUCCAUCCCAGCUCACUAGCUGAUGGGAAUAAGCCAGCUCUCGACGCACUGCUUGCGCAGCUACGUGCCGAGGUCGAGGAUGCGCAAACUAGCGGCAGUGGCCGCGGGCUUUUGGUCGUUCUUGUGGGCCCACCGGCGAGUGGGAAAUCAACAUUUACACAGCGAUAUCUCGAGCCAUUGGGGUUUGAGAGAGUCAAUAUGGAUCUACUGAAGACGCGCAAAAAGUGCGUCGACGCGGUGACAAAAAUCCUCGAUGCCAAAGGAUUCGCCGCCCUGGACAACACCAAUCCGGACGCGAAAUCGCGCGCAGCGUAUUUGAAAUUGGCCGAGCGGGCUGGCGCAGGCACGCGUGCCGUGGCGGUGGUGUUCGGCGGUGGCGAUGGCGAUGGCGAUGGCGAUUCGAUUAGGGAAGUUGUGGCGCAUAAUAAUGCGUUUCGCGCGCAGGUUGACCAGGCACGGUGGUUCUCGCGUGGACGCAGGGGCGAUUCUGUGGUGCGGCUGCCGUUGCUGGGAGAGAGUGUGCCGGCGGUGGCGGUGAAUAUUUUUUUCAAAAAAUUCGUUAUGCCCGUCGAGGCUGAGGGCUUUGCGAAGGUUUUGGGGUGCCCGUUUGUUCCGUUCUUCGAGUCUGCCGACGACGAGGUGCUGUGGAACCAGUACUACUGAAAGGAUUGAGGCAUUUUUAGUUGGAAAUAAGAAUAAGAACAAGAAUAAGAAUAAGAA